AUUUUAAUUGUUGUGUUUGCUUUUGCUCCCUCCCUAGCUCGAUCUCAUUCGUUUUCGUUUUGUGAGCUCGAGAGAGUUUUGAUAGAAAUCUAUUUCAUUUCCAUGAGUUCUAAAUUAAGCUUAUAUUAUUUUUAUUCGGUUAGAUCACACCUAUUAUGAAGAAUGGAAUGUAUCCAUUUGUUAGAUAACGUCAAGGUGGACAGCGACCUCAUCACAGAAGACACCUCAGUCACAAAGAACUGGGAUUGUUCAGAAUGUGCAGCAAAGGAUCAGAAUUGGUUGUGCCUACAGUGCGGGGUGGUGAAUUGUGGCCGGUAUGUGAAUGGGCAUGCGAAGCUACAUGCCGAGACUUCAGGCCAUCAGCUGUGCAUGAAUUGUGAUGUGUUCUCGGUUUAUUGCUACAAAUGUGAUGACUAUGUAUCAAACGACACAGAAACACAAUCAAUAGACAAAAUAAGGCAAAGUAUUAUGCAAAUAAGGAAUGUGACGGACACAAAUAGUAAUUUAGGUAACGAGGAAAACAGUAAAGAUGGCAGCGAGCCAAACAGUUGUUCAUCCACCUCCUCGCAGGAGCCGUCUUCUAGCAAGGAAACCAAGGGUGCCGACACAACAGAAGCACAGGAGAGCGUAGAUACGGACAAACGGACUAAAAAUACUAAGACACCAGAUGAAACAGUCCGAAGCCUAAGACCGCGGUCCCGUAAACGGUCUCACUCGGGCGACAGCAGCUCGGCGGAGAACGGCACUAAGAGCAAGGACAAGAAAGGGUCGCCCUGCAACGGAAAGACUCAGAGGGAGAAAAAAGUCGUAGGAUUAAAAAAUUUAGGUAACACAUGUUUCAUGAACGCGGUGCUCCAGAGCCUGAGCAACAUCCAGGAGUUCAGCUGCUACUUCAGCAGCCUGCCCGCCCUGGAGCCGAAGACCAACGGCCGCAAGGUGUACCACUCGCGCAGCUACACCCGCCAGGAGAUGACGGACGUGGUGAUGGCCGAGGAGUUGCGGAAGGUGCUGAUAAACCUGAACAGCGGGUGCGGCGGCAAGGGCGCCAUAUCCCCGGAGUGCCUGUUCCUGGUGAUAUGGAAGGUGGUGCCACGUUUCCGCGGCUACCAACAGCAGGAUGCUCACGAGUUCCUGAGAUAUAUGCUCGACAGAUUGCACACGGAGCUGCUGCAGCUGCUGCCGCCGGCGCGCGCGGAGACGGGGCUGCCGGCCGCUUCCAUCGUCACCGCGGUGUUCGGCGGCACCCUGCAGAGCGAGGUCCGCUGCUUGGCUUGUGGUGCAGAGAGCAAGAAGCUAGACCCGUUCCUGGACCUGUCGCUUGAGCUUCCCGACGCGGCCGCGCCCGUGCCGCUGCUCGACUGCCUCGCCAGCUUCGUCCAGGUGGAAGAGCUAGCGGACACGGAGCGUUAUUUCUGUAGCAGUUGCGGCAGCAAGCAGAAAUCCACCAAGCAGUUCCGAGUGCGGCGUCUACCGCAAGUGCUCUGUCUACACCUCAAGCGGUUUCGCUGGCACAACUACUUUAGGACGAAGGUGGACACGGGUAUCUCGUUCCCGCUGCGCGCGCUGGACAUGUCCCGGUUCGUGCUGGAGCGGCGCCGCGCCAUGCUGUACGACCUCGCCGCCGUCAUCGUGCACCACGGCUCCGGCGCGGGUUCGGGCCACUACACGGCGUUCGCGCACAACUCCGGGCAGUGGUUCCACUUCAACGACCAGACGGUCCGCGCGGCCGCCGCGGCCGCCGUGCAGGCCUGCAAGCCCUACAUCCUGUUCUACAUCCGCCGCGACCAGCUCUCCUGA